AUGUGCUUCAAGAAAACCACCAUCUUCGUCUGCCGCUGCUUCCUCCGCGACACCUCCGCCUGCCCUCACUCCGCCUACCUCGCCAAAGGCGAGCUCGAGAAGAGCAAGAUGGAGCGUUUGGCCGCAAUCUUCCAGGAGCAGGCCCGUCCCUUUCUCCCUUCCUCUCUUUUGUCAUCUCCUCCUCCCGGCAUCUCUCGUCCCCCCGGCAUCUCUGCUCCCCCUCUGUUCUCUCCUGCCUCCGCUUCCUCUUCUUCUACCUCCCCCGGCAUCCCUACCCGUGCUCCCACCCCUGCCCCGCCCCGCAUCAUCGACGGCCUCUUCUACGAGCGUAAAAUGGGCGAAAUCCAGCGCGCCGUUCACUGGGACGUCUGGAGAACCGAGUGGUUCCCUUGUGCGGCGUACCAUUGUACGCACCUCGAUACCGUGGUCAACUCGGAGGAGGAGUACAUGAAUUCCCCGGAGUACUUUGGGGAUGAGGAUAAGGAGGUGAGGGUGCUUGGGUUGUGUGAGGAGUGUAGGGGGGUUCAUCGAGAUGAGUUGCGUGGGGUGGAUGUGUUUGGUGGGUUUGGAAACCAGAACCAGGGGAAUGGGGGAGAUGGUCAGGGUCGUGCCGGUGGUCAGAAGGAUCAGGCUGAUGGGGGAUCGGACAUGCCGGAGGUCAAGGAGGCGUUGAACAGGUGGAUGGAUAUGGCUUGAGGUAUGGGGGUCUUGUCGAUGACUUGAGGGCCAGCGAAACCGACAUAAUUCGGGGACGACAGAUCGGUG